AUGGCACGCGCGUGCGAACGAGAUUCUGCAGUCCACGUCGGCGGCAUACGUAUGCACAUGGCCGUAUACGGCCGCGAAAAGCAUGUGCUGUGCGGCGUCACGGUGAUGGACUUCGUCAGCAGGAACAUCCUGGGCAUCGUGGUGCAGGCGUUGGCCAGCACGCGCGCCUGGGCUGCAGAGCAGGGACUGCUUCUGAGGGCGGAGCAUGGUUCGCCCUCUGGGGACGGGCUGGUGUUGGCGGGCGGCUGCAUUCACAACGCGCUGCAGCCCGUGCCUCAGCGAUUGUCGGGGGCGCAGGCUGAUGCAGACAUCUUCACGCCUGAGCUCAACCUGGCUGUUGCCGCGGACGGGACCCCACUGGACUAUCAGUUUGGCCUGUCUGUGGAGAUGGCCAUGUUCCCCUAUCUGUUUCCCUUUGGUGUUGGCGCAUUUAUGGGCGGCACGACCUUGGUCAAGUACUUAGCUUACUGCGCCAAGUGCCUCUUCAGUGUGUGGACAUUGUGCAAGCCGUACUUGCUGCUCAUGUAUGUGCUUCACCAGAGUGCCCGGCUGCAAGAGCAAAAUACAGAGGCCGUGCUGGAGAGUGUGCACCUCGACUACAAGUCCCAGCACCCUAAUGCGAGUGAUGAGGACGCCAUCUGUCACAUUCUCAAGGACAAGCUGCCGGCCACGUUGCCCAACACGCCUGCAUGGCACCGCAGCAACCUUCAAGAUUUGCUGUGCAUGGUGGACCGCUUUGGCAUGCCGUCGUUCUUCCUCACCCUCACAACCGAUAAAGUGUCUGCCACAUGCUGGCCCGAAGUCGAGUCGCUGGAGCAAAAGCUGCAGGACUUUUGUGCUGGCUUCACAUGGCAAGACACCCCAGCUGAGAACGCAUUCAUCACCCACAAGCGCAUGCAGUCCUUCAUGACUGACGUGCUGAAGGCGGGCCGGGGGGCAGUCCAGGCUGGCGGGGCCCUUGGCUGCAUCACCAACUGGGUGGCAGUAAGACACAGGGGUGCCAGCGAGGCCUGUCUGCCAGAUGAGGCACACUUCCGUUGGCGCUGUGCUGGUGCCCCAAUAGCAGAUCUGCAGCCCAUCCGGGUCAAACACUGUAAGCGCAAUGUUGAGAGCAUGGGCAAGAACUGCCAGCUCCACAUCGCCCGGCAGCAGCCGGAUGGCUCUGCAUUCCCAACACGAACGCAGAAUUUCCCGGUGGGUGUGCAGCAGUUCUUGAGCCUGGUGCUGGCUCAAGUCCAUCCGGAGCUGCUGCAACACGGCUAUCGCAGGCACGGCCGUAUGCGCAGCAAAAAGCUGUUCCAUGCCAUCAGCACCGUCCAUGUCGCCGACUAA